CACAAAUUAAAUGUUUUUAUUUUUAAAGUAGCCUAGGCUACUCUAAAUUUUUAUUGAAAAAAUAAGUUACUGUAUGUCAACUUAGGCCUACACCUAAGAAGUACGUAGAUCAAAUAAAAAUGUGGAAGGAAGUUAAUGUUGGCUUCAACCUUGAAGAAGAAACUGCAAAUUUCGGUACAAGGGCUUGCGCCAUUAAUGAUGUUGCUGUUUAUGAAACAAACACACUUGCAGCCAUUCAUGCUGGAGACGAGCCCAAGCAUUUGCCGAGAGUGAAGGCCCAGUUUGCUCCUCACAUUGGUUUGUGCGUGGUUGUGGAUACAGCAGUUCACGUGUUCAAACCAGAUUGCAGCUCUGUUCUCUGUUCUGUUCUGUGUGACAAUCAGAUUGAAGCCUUUGCUGUGUCUCCUUGCGGCAGAUUCCUCAUUCUAGGAGUAAAGAACAAAUUGAUUUUCUACCACAUUCAAAAAAAGGAUCAAGUCUUUGAAAGGCAAAUCACGAACAAUGAAUUUGGGCCAAACUUUGUUACUAUUUCAUGUUGUGGAAGUAACGAAUCAGGGUUCAUCAUUGUAACAACAUCAAAUGGAAAGAUUUACAGAUCAACAGAAACAUAUUUUUCAAAACUGCAUGAAGCAUUUUCUAAUGGAAAUGGUUCUAUGGAGGAUUUCACAAAAGAUGUGUUAUUUUCUGAAGUGUAUCAAGUCCAAAAUUUGAGGUCAAAGGUCCUGAUGGGAACAAAUUUAUCAAAAGAUAAGGCCAUGAUCUUAGGAUCUUUACAACAAAUGUGUUUCUUCACUACAGAAAACUAUGAUUCAGCAAUUUGUGAAUUGUUUGAUGACUAUAAAGUUGUCAAAUUUGGAGGCGUUUUUAAUGACAGUGUAUUGUUUGCGCUGUGUGAGUCCGGUUACAUCAUACAAGUUUGUUUACACACUCUCACUCCUGUGGCGCUGUUCUCCCAGUUUCCUGUAGGAGACUUUGUAGUCUUGGAGGGCAGCGGAGAUAGUUCAGAAGAGUGCAGUCUAAUGGCGUUGGUCCAUCGUCCGGAACACGCCAUAGUGUUGAUAUCGUGGCCAGAGUGGAAGGUAAAAUUCAGAAUGCCGGUACAAGAAAUAAGUUUUUUGAUUGACCAAAAAGAGGCAGAAGACAUUCUUUUCUUGGAAGGCUUUGGAAGUGGUCUAAUUGAUACCAUAAGGAUAAAGACCAUUUUUGAAAGUUUACCAGACCUGCGGCUUGCUAGAAUGCUUCAGCGAUAUAAAUUUGAAGAAGCCGAGAAAUUCGCCAGAACAUUCAACUUAGAUCUGGAGAUUGUUUAUAAAGCUCACGUACAAAAACUAAUGCAAGAUCUCAAACCUUGGACAACGUCUUUGGACACUCAAAAACAGAUAUUUAAUCACAUAUUGGACCUGAUAAAAAAUAUUCAGGAUCACAACUUUGUAGCCGAGAUCUGUGCUAGUGUCAUUCCUCCAGAUUUUGACAUGUUACACACGAUGCUCAUGUACGGCACCGAGAGGUUCUCUAAAGUUGCAGAUAAGUCUGGAGCUAACCUAAGCGAGUUGCUUGCCAAAGUGAGCUCGAUUGCACGACGGCUUGACACAUGUAUGCUGAUUCACGGAGCAACCACCAGCGUCGAGCAUUGGAUAGAGUUUCCUAAACACGACUUGGUCAUAAGUUGCCUUAACCACAUUAAAAGGGGUCAGAUCAAAGAGGCUAUCCUGGUGUGGGGUCGACACUUGAGUGACAUGAAGCCGUUGUUUACUGAGGACAAGGCUCGCCAACUGCUAGCUGGUGUUCCGACAUCCACACAGUUGGCAGACCUGCUACUGUGGCAACAUCACUUCAUCCCUCCCAUACUGGCCAUCUACCCCCACAUGCUGGGCAGUGUGGUGCAGUGGUCUGUGCAGAGGGCUAGCAAAGGCCUGGAAUGGUUAGAUCCACGAGCGUGGCCAGACUCAGGUCUUACAUUAGCUAAAGGAUUGCUUCGUCUAGUCCAUUCUGAUGCCAGUGGGACACUUCCAGCCCAGAGGUCGGCUUUGCAGAACAUGAAUCUGUCUCCACAGAGUCCUUUGAAUCAACUCCUAGGAUUGAUCUUCACUCUUCAAGACAUAAACCUACUGAAGCAUCAGUACAACGUGUCUGUGCAGUAUGACCAGUUUGUAGAGGAGGAUCACCAUAGUUUUGUAAUGGUGUUGCUUGAGAAGCUGCCAUUAGAGAAGAUCCCUUCAUUCAUGGAAGAAUUCUUCCCCCGCUUAAUGAAGAAUAGAGGACUAGACCCAGAUUUGCAGAUUUUGCAGUUCAUUAAGGAAAUUGUUAUGAAAUGUGAAGAUUGGUGGUUCUGGGAUGAGGCACCUUGGGAAGCUCGAGUGUUUGCCUUGGUGCCACACCUUCAUAGCAUUCAGCUGAAACUAGAUGCCAUCUUGCAUGUGUUGAGGUCUGCUCCAGUCCCUUGGACCCCUCUGGUGACACAGCUGGCAGAACAAGGUGCUCGGCUACCUGGAGAUAAAGCCAAUGAUGUACGCAACGAGAGCAGUAACGUCCCUCGGCGACUGAUCAUGAAGGAGUACAGAGUCAAAGUGGACACGGUCCGCAACGUGAAUUUGAUUCGUCUGAUUUUGAAAAAGUGCCAACCAAGAAUGAUGGAAGAUAUUUAUGAAGUGGCAAAGUAUGCCAGGGAAGAUGUUAGUGACAUCUAUGAUAUCGUUCUGAAUAGUUUGGUUGAAAAAGGUGAGAGCAAGAUGGUAGAAGAGCUUCUGAAUACACUAGAGGAGACUCUGCCAGCUGAAUGUGUGACCAGACUAUUGUUCAACAUUCACAGACGCAUCUCUCACCUGUCCUGGGAGAAACUUCCUAACUUCUUUACCAUCAUAUCUAAACUUGACAGCCAGAGAGACCAAAGGUUCCUUGCCAAUUUAAAGACAAAACACAAACUCAAGAUGGAGUUUGAUAUCACGAGCAAAGGUGAACUCACAACUUUGAAAGAGAGACAAACCAUUCUUCGAGACUAUGCAGAGAAAGUAGCUAAAGAGCUGAUUUCGGCCACUGACGGUAUUUCUACUACUUCCCCCUUGAGGAGAAUGGGAAGGUUGGCGUACCUACUUUCUCUGCCUGUGGAGAAUGCCAUUCUUGAUUUAGCCUUGUGUUGCCUCUCCAACGAUCUUCCUCUGGAAACUACACUCAUCGUCGCAGGGAAAGUAGAAGACUUGGAUGGCAAGCCACAAUAUUUGUACAACAAGUUAGCUCAUCUGAUGGGACUAUUGAUUGCUCACUACAAGCCAGCUGAGAGUCCGGGGAGUUUGGUAGAACUGUUCACUGAGGUCUCCAACAAGCUGGCUCUGCUCUGUCUCACACACACGGACUGUUCUGAACUGGAUGGUGUGCUGAGAUGGGUCAGCCUGGUUGCUAAAGGAAGUGGUCUGUCCAAGCCAGUGAUGAAGUCUUUAUACGGAGAUCCGACACCAACCCCUGCUACUGCUGUGCUGCUUCAUUCCUCCAUACAAAACAUCUUGCACUACUACGCCAGCACCUGCAAGAAUAAUAAGAUACCUGUCAGUGAAAGUGUUACUGCUUCUGUGUCUGCUGGUUUAGAACUUACUUUUGAGCCGAGAGAGAUGGUGCACAUGUGGCAAAGGUUGCGCGAGUCCCAACAUGACUUGUUGUGUAUCCGUCUCAUCUGUGAAUACUGCUGGUCCCAGACAUCGGUCAACCCCAAGUUCCAAGACCAUGUAGUGGAAAAGUUCCUCAUCCAAUGUGUUAAAGAGUUGUUGAGAAAACUUUUCAGGAUGAGAAAUUUUGAUGUGGAUCUUGCUCUCUUGCUGGUACAGUUUUUUGGAAAAGAAGAGGCAAUGGAAUUUCUUGUGGAGGAAGCUCGAAGUGUGGGUUUUAACUACCAGCGGCUCAGCGCCAUAUCCCAACUAGCUCUCAUGUUCAGCUCCGUCAACAAGAUGGACAACAGAUACAUUAAGAGCUUCCUCAAGUACCACAUCUCCUGCAAGUGGGCCAAGAAACUCAACGAGCUCGGCCUCCCUUAUAAAGAUGCCUUCAAAGAUUCAGACACAGAACAUAAACAGUUGAUCCAGAAGUUGAUCUCCCUCCCAUCCACCAACAUUCUCCUUCUGAAGGAGUUCUGUCUGGAUGUCACCUAUGAUGUGCAAGAGUGUCUGAUGAUGUAUUUGGAGUAUCUCGUACUAAACUGGGCGCCGGACAUCCAGAUAUCAGAAGAACCUGCUACAGGGGAGAAAGUGAUGAUGGUGAAGAACACUCGAGCAGAGCUACAGCAGCAAUGUCGCUCUGUGCUGCAUGAGUUGGCGUCCAAGUCUGCGGAGACUGGAACCUUGCAUUGGAGUGAGGCCAUUCAGAGCACAUUGUACAACCUGUGGAACAAGGUGAACUAUUAUUACUAUGAGGUCUACUUUGUGUUGGCUGACAUGUACCAGCAAGUCCUGGCUCAGCCUGAAGCUGUCAAACAAAUCAACAACUACAAGACCAUGCUGGAGUUCCUGCAAAGUUACAAGAGAAUUAGUCCACCGUCAGGGGAUGAACAUGACCAAUGGUUCCAACUGCAUCCGAACACCAACCAUCUGCCUCCAAUAUCAAACUUCAGACUGCCGUUCACACUGCUCUUUGAGAAGAAAAAAUCUUGGGAUUUCAUUAAACCUGAACUAAGUUUGAAAACCUAUAAAAUCUGGUACAACAUUGUUCCAAUACUUGGUCUAGAAAAAGACAUGUUGUGCACUCUCACAAUUCAGAUGUUGACAAGUGAACAGUUGGGUGGCAGUGUGGAAGGCAAAGCAGGCACUUGGCGACUUCAAGAGUGCAACACAAGUGUUAUGGCAGAGAUCAUGGAGUGUGUAAAACACAUAAAUGACCAGGAGAUGGCUUCUGCAGCAUUGUACUGGGUAGUGAACCACAUCCCUCCCGGUGCUGACCAGGUGGCGGCCGUGACACUGUGUCAUCAUCAGACUCAGUACUGGCACAGUCAGGACAACAGUGACAAGUCUCGGGCCUGCCUCGCCAAGGUUCAGAAGAAGUACCUGACGUUGCACACGAGCCACUACCUGCAUCUGUUUGGCCUGGGGAAAGCUGAGUACCUUCAGCUGGUGUUACUACCUCAAGAUCUGAUCAGUGCAUUGUACAACGACCCGAGCAUCCUGCAGCGCAAAACAGCCUCCCUUACUCAGUGUCCAGACAUCAACAAAGCGGUGCAGCUGAUCGGCAAGCUGCAUGAUGUGAAUGUGGUUGGUAUCCAGCAGGAAUUGCUGAGUGAGUGGUUGUAUCCUGGAGACAACAUGCCUCUGGAUACCUCCUGUGACGACAUCACUCAGAACAUCGCAGCCUUCCACAACGGGCCUAGUGUGCCUGACGACAGUGACAAUAUCAUCAGGGCGUGCUACGUUCUGGAGAGCAUGGACAUGGAGAAGGCUGCCAAGUACCUGGUGAACUACGCCAGUCUACACAACAGCAGUGAGAUGAGGCCGACGUCUGUCAGGCUGCGCGGACUGCAGUGUCUCAGUUGUGUGGCCACACCUGAUGUUAUAGUGGAGACUACGGGCACUACGUUGGACAAACUCAGGAGUAGUAUGCAGAGUCUAAUGUUUGUCUCGGAGCUAGAGAAGUUAGGUCUAGUCUGGUCUCUGACAGAGUUUGAGGCUUGUGACAAGGAGAAGAUUGUCCGCAUGUUGAUCAACAAGGCCAGCCCGGCCGCUGUACAGCUGGGGACAGCCAUGGCCAACGCCUUCCACAUUGCCAAUCCUGGCUACUGGGACCGCCUGCUGUCUCUCAUGACAUCCUACACCAUGAUGGAGGAGCUGAUCACUGUGUUGCCAGACUUGACCUAUCUUUGUCACUUGUUGGACAGUUCCAUCUUCACUGCGGCUUGGAACUGUGCCCUAGUAACUCCUCUUGUCAAAACUGAGUGCCCAUUGAACGAGGAGAGUCAUUACAGAGUGCAAAGAGUGUUAGAGAUGCUUUACUCUUGUCCCAUACCUCGUCAGGUGGAUCUAUCAACAAUGCAACACCACUGCCAGAGACUUGGUGUAGAAGAGUUCACUGUAAGAUUGCAACCUUUCCUCUCACUGACUCACAUGUCCAGCUCCCCUUCAACUGAUAACAAACUUACAAAUGGAGAUUUCAAGUUUUGACUUACACUAUUGGUGCAUUGCAAGCUGCCUGUCAGUACCCUAAUAAUGAAACAAACUGUAUGUUUAGUUGUGACCAAGAGAAGAAAAACAGAAUUGAUAAGGAUCCUAUUUUAACCAGUUAUCUAUCCUAAGAUGUGGCUCUGCCUUUACCUAUUGUGAUAAUUACCUUUUAAAAAUUAGCUUGUAAGAAGUAUACUGUAUGGAAACUAGAGAUUAAAUACCUUUUUUGUUGCCACUGUAAUCAGAUUUUUAUGCUAAAAAAUAAAAAUGAUAUUUAACUUCAUUCUGCAAUAAAAAUCUAACUUUAAUAACACUUGUAUACAAUUGUGCCAACUUAUAAGCCCUGUUGUAGAGCUAAUACACUA